GAGGGGAGAAGGGCGGGAAGCCGGGAGGAAGGAUCCGUCCAGAGGCCCGCCUUGAGGAGCAGUGGAAAAGGUCUUUCAGCCUGCUUCCCGCGAGCCGGGCUCCGUGGCUUGUAAUGAGAGUAUUGAGUUUUGAUGGUGACGACUUCGAUGACGUGGAAGAGGACGAAGGGCUCGGUGACUUGGAGAAUGCCGAGGAGGAGGGCCAGGAGAACGUCGAGAUCCUCCCCUCUGGAGAGCGACCACAGGCCAACCAGAAACGAAUCACCACACCGUAUAUGACCAAGUAUGAGCGAGCCCGCGUGCUGGGCACCCGCGCUCUCCAGAUCGCGAUGUGCGCCCCUGUGAUGGUGGAGCUGGAGGGGGAGACAGAUCCCUUGCUCAUCGCCAUGAAGGAGCUCAAGGCCCGAAAGAUCCCCAUCAUCAUCCGCCGCUACCUGCCGGAUGGGAGCUAUGAAGACUGGGGCGUGGAUGAGCUUAUCAUCACCGACUGAGCUGGGAUCGCCUUCCUGACUGUGCCUCAUCCUGCUUUCGAUUUUCACGUUCUGAUACAUGUAAAUAAUAAACUGUCCAACCUUUCA